UCAAGAAUGACCCAACCCGCUUUCUUGGGGAGGGCGUAUCGUUUAAGGCGAAGCUGAUCGGUAUCUUGGAGGUGUCGGAAGCGCGCGGUGACCGGAUGUGCCAGGCGGCCUUGGCUGACCUGAAGAUGGCGAUUCGCGCCGCUGGUGAGCACAAGCAACGAAUCGCCGUUCAGGUCAGCAUAGACGGGCUUCGUUUAAGGGACGAAAAGACGGGGGAUUGUCUGUAUCAUCAUCCGGUGCAUAAAAUAUCAUUUAUUGCUCAAGAUAUGAGCGACUCGAGAGCCUUCGGAUAUAUUUUUGGGUCACCGGAUACCGGACAUCGAUUCUUCGGCAUUAAGACUGAUAAGGCGGCGAGUCAGGUGGUGAUAGCGAUGCGGGACUUGUUCCAAGUAGUGUUCGAGCUGAAGAAGAAGGAGAUCGAACUGGCGAAACAGCACAUAGAGCAGAAUGCCAUUAAUGCGAUUAAAUUCCACACCGGCGGUAUUUUCGUUGAGUCGGCACCCGACACCAAGGGCGCAGCGGGCACCGAGUCAUCGUUUCAUCGAAUUCGCACGAGUAACUGCGAGGUCGACAAAACCGCCGAUCGCAAGAACGAGACACAGAGUGGUGUGAUUGCGGAUUUGCUAGAUCUGCAGUUCGAGCUGAAUUCGCUGCAACAGGGCAUUCAUCAGAUGGACAAAAUUACGCCGGAAAAUCCCGUACCGUCUACCGACGAUCUAUUCGAGACCGAUCCGUUCGGUGAUUCUUUCGCGAACAUGAAGCUGCAGGAUACAGUUCGUCCGAUUUUACCACCGCCACCCUCCUCGACGAAGAGGGGACAUUUAGAGCGGCAGCAUACUGUACCAGCACCGCCCGCAUCGACCACUUCCAGUCCGGCGACAACGUUAGUUAGUAAAACACCACCACCACAAAGUACGAUUCAUUGGUUCGACAAGGAGGCCGAGAAUCUCUUCAACGACGAGGAAAUCACGAACCUGAGUAAGAAUUCGGCGACGAAGAAGGACCAGGAGGACAGCUCGACGGAGACUACCCCUCGCAAUACUCAGACGAAGAGCCCGCAGAUCGACGUGUUCACGGAGCUGGAUCCCCUGGGGACCGGUCUGAUCAAGCCUUACGUGGACAAGAAAGAUUUCUUCCAGCACCUGAAAAAUCCACCGAAGAAAGUCCUCAAAGAUCUGGUAUCCACAAAUUCCACUGAUAGCUUUCCGACAAAUUUCAAUAUCACGACCAGCACGGAUUGCGCGGAGUCGACGAAAACGCAGAACGAGCUAUCGUCGAGGGACAGCGAGGACAGCAACUUCGCCAACUUCGAUCGAUUCGACGAGAACGAGGCGACCCAGUCCAGCCAGCAAACAAUCGACUCGCCGCCGAAGAAAGAGACGGUCUCUCGGUCGAUCCAUCAUCAGCCUCUCUCGGUGUCUUUGCCGCCGGAGGAGACGACGUUACCCAAAGCAGCGAGUACCGCUUCGGGAGGAAGCACGAUCCUGCGCAGCAUGGACAGAGAUUCGACGGAGUCGACGCAGGGAUUGGUGAAGCUACCGAGUCCGAAGAAGUAUCUUCAAUCAGUACGGAAGAGGGACUUCGACAUCGACUUGCCGGCCGGAAAGGCGCAGUCUGUGGAGUCCAACAAGCAGUUUCCGGUGGAUUUCUCGAUAACGAACGAGUCGCCGGCAUCGCCGUUACGGUCUUGCUCGUCGGACGCGAACUCGCGUCUCUCUAGCUCGAGCGCGGAAUUAGAUCUCGUGCCGGAACCACCGCCCAGAGGUGCGGGAAGCAUUCUCAUCAACCCGCCGCCUUUACCGCCGAAGAAGCAGGGGGCUCGAGGGGGCGCGAGACCACCGCCUAGACCGCCACACACGGAGGGACAUUUCCAGUACGACUUUCCACAGCGUGAGGCUUCACCGUCACCCACCAAGAUCAUUAGGGAUAAAAACAAAAGCCCGCCGAGAGACACCAAGGGUCAUCAGUUCGACGAUAAUUUCAGUCCGCCUCCGCAGACAUCCGACAAAUCGGACUUUACGACGACCACUGCCUCCGCCUUCGAGGAUUCUUUCAACACGAUGAUAUCAUCCGCGACGUCGUUGUCGUCCGUGCCCUUUACCAGCAGCAGCACCGUCCCGGUCACAGACUCGAAAAAGACGAAACCACCGCUCGACAUUACGCUCAGUCAACUGACGUCGUCGUGGACGAAUUUGGAUGAGUUGGCCUCCAGCCUCGGCAUGACCGUCCAGCAGUUGACAAGUCUGACUUUGACGCAGCUCACGCAAUGUUUGGCGACUCUAUCGACGAAGGAAACCAGCGUCGGCAACGUAGAGGAAACUAUCGUUUCGCCAACAACAUCGAUAACGACGAAGGAGCAAACGAUGUCAAAAUCUGCGAUCUCGUCGCUGUCGUCGUUGGCGUCAAAAGCGACGAUCAGAUCGAAUUCGAGCUCCUUUGUAUCGGAGUCUUUCAAAACUAAUUACGAAUCGGAAACAAAACCGGAUCCUACAUAUGACAAAUACGCAGUUUUUCGAGAAUUGCUGGAGAUGGAACAGAUGGAACGAAAAGAGGAAACAACGGUCGAAGAAGCAAUUGAGGAGGAAGAAGCGCUUAACGAAAACGGACAAGCUUCCGACGAAACGAAGAUACAGCCGGAAGCGCAGACCAGCGAGAGCACUUCGAAUUCUAUAACUUCGUUGGUGAAUCUAACUGUCAAGCUACCCGUCAAGAGCGAAAAUUUGAAAGAAGGGUCUGCGAAGCUGGACGAAACGAUGACUAGCUCUAUCGCAAUUUUAACGAAGGAAAAGUCGGUGGAAGUCGGGGAUAAAGAAAUCGAGAAGGAAAGUGACGCGAUGGCAGAUGCGGAUGUCAUAUCCGAUUCGUCCACGGUCCAGCAAACGGAGAUAGACAUCGAGGACGACACGGAGAAGACGCAGACUAUCAUGGAGGCGGAGGAGAGAGGGGACAACUCCGAGAGAGGAAGCGACGCCAAUGGCACCUCGUCCGACAAGGUUGGCUCUGACAUUCUCAACGACGAAACGAAUGGCUCAUCCGUGGCCGAAAGAUCCUCGACGGAAGUGAAAUCUUCGAUCUCGACGUCAAGCGACAGAUACGCCGCUCUGCGGGAGAUCAUCGGCGAGCCGGAGCCGGUACCGAUUAAGAAAGACGACGAGGAGAUGGUGAGCUCCGCCCGAGCGUCACCGGUGAUGCAAUCUCAGCAACAGAUUCAGCAAUCGAGAAGUCUCGCUGAGGUGGAAUUGCUGAAUUUGUUCUCCGAUAACUUGCCGCCACCAUCGAGUCCGAAUAUCUCGGUUAAGAAGGAUUCGGAAGAUCUGAAAGCCGUGGCGAUGGACAUCUUUGAAGAGAUCAAGAUGCUGAACACCGGCAUGCAUCGCGCCAAGGAGACCAAGUCACUCGCCUCGUCCUCGGGCUUCGAGGAUAUGUUCUGCCCGUUCGCGGAGACGACGCGGUCGGACAAGGACGACAGCAAGGAGGACAGCAAUUGGGCCAAGUUCGACACGGGUAUCUUCGGCUCGUCCGACAGAUCUUCGUGCGAGGGGCAGCGAUCGAUAGGCGGCACAUCGCCAUGGUCGCCGGACGGCAAAGAUUUCCACAGAGAGGUCCCGUUCAAGGGAAGCGGCGGUUACCGACACUCGGGGGACAGCGACAACGAAUGGAAGGACGAGGAGGAGAGCGAGGAGAGCAACGGCAGGGCACGAGGGGACGGCAGAUACUGGUCCGGCUCUCGGCAUCCGCGAUUCGAUGCGCCCGGUUUCGAGGACAGAUCGUUUUACGAGGACGCUGACAAGCGGGACCGCAGCUUCCGCGACAGGAUGGGCAGGAAGUCGCGCGGUGCACCGUGGGCCAAGAGCGGCGGCGUUCAUCGGCCGCGGGACCCGUCGCCCUGGCACGAGGAGAGCCAAUGGGAGGACGACGGUCCGCGACGGUAUCCGCAUCGAAAAGUGCAGCCCUACAAAGACGAGGAGGAUCAGUACGAGCACUGGAAAUGCCGGCCAAAGCCGCCCCCGCCGCAGCGGUGUACCUGGAGCCACGACGUUCACGGUUCGUACUACGACGACGAGCGUAAACGGAAGCUGAUGCUGUGGAACGAAGAGGACCGUUUCGGCAGCAGCCAGGAGAGCAUGGGCUACGACGAGGAGGACCGGUGGAGCAGACGACGGUACGAGAGAAGACGAUGGGAGGAAGAUAACAGAUUCUGGGGUAGAAGAGGACCCCCGGAAGCCGAUUAUUCUAUGAGAGAGGCGUACUAUUAUUAUCGCGAUAGCAGAGAAAGACCUCACGAUUAUCCGUCCUGGGACGAGGAGUACGCCCCGGAGCGUCCGGGCGACGACUCGCCCAGAUACAAUCCGGCGGGUAGGAAGAGACACUGGCCAAAGAGACCCAAUAGCGCGAACGACGGGCGUAACAGCGAUAUGGUGUACGCGGAUCCGCGCAAAUUCGGCGCCUCCAGAUCCGAAUGCAGCGACAACGACUCCGAUCCGUACCUACGAUCCUCACAGCGCUCCAGGAGCCGCGAGAGCUACUGGGGCAGCGAUCAGGAGUACGACAGCUGGGUGGAGCGGCCGUACUGGUCCGAGGGUCCCGACUCGAAGAGCGAGACGAUGCAUCGCAAGCGAAUAGCCAGGCACAAGACUCGACAGGUGCAAAAGACGCAGAGUCCGUUCGAGGACGAUUUUGCGCAGAGCGUCGAGCAUAUGGAAGCUGCCGGCCCGAGCGGCGCGGUAGAAUCGCUCGCACCGGUGGAUACGCGCGUACGACCGGACACGGCUGAUCCGAAGCGGGAACUGCCGCCCGCGAGUCCCUCGUCUGGUCUCAGAGGCCCCAAGGAUCAUCCUAGGCGAGACAUUCCCGUCCGGGAGUACAGUAAACGGUCGAGCUACUUCGAGGACGAUCUCACGCCCACGGCGAGCGCAUCCAGCGACACGUCUGACCGACAGAGGUUGUCGUCCGAGCUCAAGGCCACGCCGGAGGAGCUGCCGUGUGACACGAAAGAUCCGCAACAGCCCAUCGACGGCUUCGUCUCCGAGGAUAGCGGCCGCGAUUCCUUCUUCAACGGCGACUUGAGGUUCGACGACGACGCCUUCGUCUUCAAGUCCGAGUUGGAAGACAAUGUGCCGGACCAUCGCGCCACUACGUUGCCGCUGAAGAAUUCCAGGCAGGGAAAAUACGGUCCGGGGAAUAACAAUAACAAUAACAAGACGGCCAGGGGCGAUCAAUACAUACGGAAAUCGGAGUCGGUGAAUAUCUUCGCGAGAGAGAGCGACCCGUUCGACGGCGACGAUUUCUUCAACUGAUCCGUCGAGCGAACGACGAGAGUCAGGGUCGCUAAAACCCCGCGCUGAAUUCGGUGACUCUGAUGUGGACUAGAUAAUUGGAACUUGAAUAAGAAGAAGAGAGAAGAGAGAGAAGGAGAACAAAGGGACGGUUUUCAUUGCACACUCGGAAAACGUCGGCGCAUCGUGAAAAACGGUGGAAUCCGCGCUACAACGAUACUUGGUUCUCCUCUAGUUGGCUAUAGCAAUUUUAACGUAGCAAAAUUGAAGAAAGAGCUUUGAGUGCGGCUCAAACAUAUCCGAAAAAAUUGUUGUCCAUAGCGAUUUUUUGCUGUGCUUCUCUCGUUUCACGAAAUUCUUUUAAAAAUCUGUUCUUGUCCAACUGAUUCUUCGUUAAAAGAUUCUCGUGUAUUUUAUCUUACAUUAAUUUACAGCAUGCCUGUAUUUUCUGACAGAUUUAGUUUGUCCAAAUCAAAUGGAUUAAUUCGUUUUGAAAGAAAAGCUAAAAUGCGCUCCGAAAAUUAACGAUUUUUAAUCUUUUGUUUAGACAUUCUGAUAAAGAAAUUUCAAAACACAACAAUUCCACAAAAAAACUAGUCAUUGUUCUAACGAAUCUGUAUAUAUCUAAUAUUAUUGAUGUAUUAGGGUCGAUUUGCCGAGAGAGAAAAAGAGAAAGAUCAGCAUGAUUUAAUAUAUUUAUUAAUUAUUAUAUUAUUAUAAUAUUAAUUGAUUAAUUGUUAAAUAUUAUUUUAUGCAUUUAUUUAUAUACUCAAUUUGUUUAAUAGCCAUUACAAAGUGAAUGUGCAGUUUAACUCUGUUUGUUUUAAAAGGAACGAUUCUAGUCACCUGUGCGUAACCGUUGGAUCUGGGAGCUUCGAGCGAGGAGAAACUGAUAGCGUGCGUUUUGGGGAGUAAUCAAAACAUGAUUUUUAUACAUUUUUAACUAGCAUGAAUCAAUUACUUUGCAUUAGGCAUUCGUACAUCGUCGACGAUCCUUCUGCAAGCUCCCCUCAGAUUCGCCAUUCGGUUACGCUGCUGAUAAAUUGCUCUCAUGUGUGAGAGAUACGAAGGGUGGUAGAAUUAUGUUUACACAGACGAGAUUAUUGCCUUAUGUGCGUCGUACCUUUAAUGAUUUAGUGCGCGAAACUGACUCGAGUAUGAAAAGAUUGCGCAUUGUUUGAUGCAUAUAAAGUCGGAUUGUGGAAAAAAAAGCUCUGAAAAAUACAAACUGAACUAUCUUGCUCUCUAAUUUUUCAACAUUAUCAAUUAUUUCGUUGUAAGUAAAAAUAAACAUAAUACUGAGAGAAUAAUGUAAUUCUAAGUCAUAAUAAAAACUUUACAAUUAAGUAAUAUUUGUAUAGGAAAAGAUGUAAGACUUGAAAAUUUCAGACAGUAUCGUCCAGCAUAUGAUAUUUUGCAUUUCUUUCCCUAUUUAAUGUAGAAGAUUAUUCUCGAUGGCUUAAAUUUACAUUAUUCUCAAAGUCUUUAAUGAGGAAAAUUGCGCUUUCAUCAAAGCAAAGUGAAAUGUAAAAGGAAGGCUGAACAAGAGUUUUUUACUUCAAGCUAUAAAUAAUGUGCGCCGCCACAUUUUUUCUGUCUAAUCCAACCUUAUACACAAGGUGCACAGUUAUCGAGAUUUAUCGCAAAUUCUCCGCUAAUAUACUUGCAUGAUUUACGUUGAUGAGUAUUCCUAUACGCUAACCACCGUAUUACAACGAUCACGCCGACAUUUUACACACUGUAUGUACUUAUGUAAUAAUAGUAGUAAAUUAUUUAACUCGUUUAAUGGUUACUCGACACUGUAUGCGUCAAAAAUGAUAACGACAAUACCGCUUUAAUGGAAAUUCGAUUCCUUGUCCCCCCUUUCCCCAAAAGAUUUGUUAAUACGGCUGAUGAUCAAUUAUAAAAAAUCAUGCAAAUUUAUCUCGCUGUUUUUACAUACGACUUCUUAAAAGAUCUGUGUAGAUACAACUUUACGCAAGACUGCGGCGAUUGUCGAAAAAAAGAAAUUAAGCAAUUGUAUAAAAUAAAAAGAAUAUAUAGCGGUGACACAUA